CAACAAAAGCAGGCGAAACAAGUGCACAAACAAGAAAGGCAACGACAAUUAUGAGCACAAGCAACGGCAACGCACCAAGCGGACCGACGGCCACACAUGGCCAGCCGCAGGGUAACUUUGUCUUCUUCAUCCCACCACCGCCCACGGUUUGGGUGCAGUUCAACGACGGCAUGCAGAUGGCCUUCACGCCGUCCCCGGCGCAAUUCCUGCAAUCAAUGAUGCAUGGCACUCCGCUGUUCGGUUCGAUGCCUGGAAACGGUGUCAAUGGCAAUGGUAGCGACGGCUUUUUCAAUGCGCUUAACGAGCUGUUCCAACGCGCACAAGCGCAGCAGCAUGGACCGCCACCGACUAGCAAGCCCUUCCUGGACAAGCUGCCAGUGAAGGUAUGGACUAAGGACAUGCAGCAGACCGAGAAGCACACGGAAUGCGUCAUCUGUCUGAGCGACUACGAGAAGGACGAGAAGGUCCUUUCACUCCCUUGCGGCCACACUUUUCACAAGGACUGCGGUAUGACGUGGCUUGUGGAGCACAACGUUUGCCCCACCUGCAGACACGAGCUGCCUACACAGGUAAAAAACACCUCGACAGCUCAGGCCUCAACGCAGACAACACCAACGGCCUCGACUGCUGCUGUACCAGCUACCACGGAGCCGGAACGCGAACCUACCUCACAGGAGACUACCACAAACGUCACUGGUGUGCGUCGUCAGCGACCCACGGAGUCGUACCACCCGCGUGAUGUUCGCCAACGUGUGGACGAGAUGCCAUCGUCGUUGGAUGAGGAAGUUGAGUUGGAUCACAUGCUUGAGAAGGAGGCCGACCGCUUUGUCAAGGAGGAAAUAGAGAAGCGCCAGAUCGCAGCAAGCGACGAAAAUGGUGAGAUUGAAGACCGCGACGUGGAUGAAUUUCUCAACGAGUCAAGCAACUAAAGUGACCGAAUUCAUUACACAGUUGUAAAGUAGGUGGCGUCAGAGCCGAGUAAAAUA